AGAAUAUUGAUGUAAACAAAUAGUACGGGAAAUAUUUGUCAGAUAAGAGUUUUGAAGUUAACAACUUGAUGUUACAGUGUAGACAGUUUACAACAUAAUGGAACCGAUUUCAAACAGACCAGGAAUCCAAAAAAUAAAAUCUGCUGAUAAGAGGAAGAAGGUCUGUGAUGCAUUGGAAAGUUUAAGGUUUACAGAAAAUGAUGUUAAACAGAUGAUGAAAGUUUUUGAGGAACAGAUUGAUUAUGCCAAUAGUUUGAAUGAAGAAGACAGGAAGAAAUCAGAUUUAUUCUGGGAAUGUACAUAUGUCAGUGACCUGGUCAAAGGAAAUGAAAAUGGAAGAUAUCUAGGAUUAGAUUUAGGUAGUACCAACUUCAGAGUAGUGCUUGUUGAUCUUAAAGACGGUUUAGCCAAAACAACAACAACAUAUUAUAAUCUAACAGAUGACCAACUUUCUGGGCCUGCUGAACUGGUGUUUGAUCACAUAGCAGCUAGUAUGGAAACUUUCAUCACAGAGGAAAAUAUACAAAGUCAAACACCAAUAGGUGUUGGUUUCACAUUUUCAUUUCCAACUGUUCAAAAAACUUUGAAGAAGAGUAUUCUGGUAACCUGGACAAAAAGGUUUAAGUGUACCAAUGGACCUGGCCUUGACCCUUGUAUUUUACUGGAAGAGGCCAUUGAAAGGAAAGGGGGAUUAUCAGUACCAGUCAAUGUUAUGGCCAGAAUUAGUGACACAACAGGCACUUUAAUGGCUGGUAGUUAUUAUGACAAGAAAUGUGCAAUAGGACUCAUUUUAGGUUCAGGAUCAAAUGCUUGUUAUGUAGAACACUUAAAGAACUUUAAAAAACUGGAUCCUAAGGAUGCCAAGUCAGAUAAGAUAUUGGUGAAUUGUGAGUGGGGAGCGUUUGGAGACAAUGGUUGUCUAGAUUUCUGUAGAAAUGAGUUUGAAAGAGAAGUUGACCAGUAUUCUAAUUUUCCUGGAUCUUACACGUUUGAAAAGUCUUUUGGAGGUUUUUAUUUAGGAGAAAUGUUCCGUGUAGUUCUAGUCAAGUUAACAAAGGCAGGUGUUUUAUUUGAUGGUAAAGGAUCAGAUGAACUAAUGACGAGAUGGUUAUGGAAGUCAAGACAGGUUACUACAGUGGAAAAAGAUAAUCCUGGAUCAUCAGAAAAUACCAUGUCUGUAUUAAAAGAAAUGAAACUGGACACCAUAGCAACAGAAGAGGAUGCUAUUCUGGUACAAGAGGCUUGUUACCUCAUGUCACAGAGAGCCGCAUAUAUAGUAGCAACAGCUCUAGCAGUUUUGCUAAAUCAUAUCAAUGAACCAGAGGUUUCCAUUGGAAUAGAUGGAUCUUUGUAUGAACAUCAUCCUCGGUUUCAUGAUCACAUGACAACAUUGUUACAAAAACUGGUUCCCAGUACAAAGUUUCGAUUAUUUCUGGUAAAAGAUGGAAGUGGUCAAGGUGCUGCAUUAGUAGCUGCUGUAGAAUCUUCAUAGCAUUGGUUUUAUUAUAGUGAUUUUCAUAAUGAACUUAUUAUAUAAUCAGUUGUAGUGAGUUUAUAUAUAAAAGUGAUAUCUUCCACUUCC